AACAAACAAAUGUAAUACUGUCGUCCUUCUGUGCAAAAGUCCGUGUAGUGAAAGUGAAAAAGAAAAAAAUCAUGCAAAAAUCUAAUAUCAUAUAUCUAUAAUACAAAAAAAAUCCUUAUUUUUUACAUUUUUAUUUAACAAUCUUAAAAUGCUAAUAGUGCUAAAAUAAUUUGAAAAAUGUUAAAAAGUAAACUUAAAUGUAAUAAAGAAAUAAAAAUUAUAUAAAAAAUUCACUACCCAAAAAAAUACAAAAAAAGAAUAAAACAAAAAAGAAACGUAAGAAUAAAAUAAGCAAAAGUAAAAAAAAGCACAAAACUAUUAGCAGAAUACUUGGUGGUUCACUUAAGCAGGAGGAACGUUGUUGGCCUCGUUGUUGUCAUCAGAUUUAUUUUCAAAAAAAAAAAAAAAGAAAACCCCGUGGUGUUGUCCAGCCUAGAGUUUGUGCAAUUCUGCAUGUCUGAAUAUUUUAAACAUGGUGAAAUUGACCACCGACACCAUACGCUUCUAUAUUAGAAUCUUUCUGAUUACAAAUCAUGACAGAAGGACAUGAAAGCGAUUUUCUAGUAACAGUAAGAGCACAGGUUAUGACCAGAGACGAAAGCACUGAAGGUUGGCUACCACUGGCCGGGGGUGGUCUAGCUAAUGUUUCGAUACGUAAACGAGCUAGACUAUCCCCUGGUGCUACCGGACAUGAAUACAUCAUAUAUGGUCAAAGAAUAUCAGAUCAAAGUGUUAUUUUAAGCUGUGUCAUAAACCGUGAUCUAAAAUAUUAUAAAGUUAUGCCUACAUUUCAUCAUUGGCGUGCUGGUAAACAAAGAAAUGGUCUUACCUUUCAAACUGCUGCUGAUGCGCGUGCUUUUGAUAAAGGAAUUCUGCGAGCAUACAAUGAAUUAAUUGAUGGCAUGGCCAAAGCAAAUCCUUCCAUUAUAUGUCCACCAUUAACUAAAUACGAUUCGGUUGGUGAAGAUGAUGUUUUUAUGACUUUAGACUUGCCCUGUGAAUCAAUUGAUAAUAAACAAAAAGGUCAUUCCAGUCCAGAGGGCAGUGAAAAUAGUCAUGUCAGUUUAAAAGAUCGUGGUGAAAGAUUUAAUGACGAUAAAAAAGAUAAGGAAAUUGCAAAAAUUCAUUACAUAUCGGGUGAAAACUCUUGCAUGCAAACACCACCACCAGGCAGUGCUAAUACAACCAACAACACUACGACUACCACCAUCAGUAAUAAUACAACAGCAGCAACAACUGAAACAACACCAGCCACAAUUGCUCCUAGCGAAAAUUAUUCCUAUGUUACUUUGACAGCUGUUCAUGACUAUAAUUAUCCAGUGGUAGAUCAACCUGUAGCCGCUCAAGUCCUAAGUGCACGUUGUGAUUCUAUAACUACUCUUAAAAAACUCAAUGCCAUUGAGGCUGCUUCCCAUUGUCUUGUCUCACAAUCUUCACCCAUUUCCGGUGGUAUUAUCAAAGAUCCCGAUAUUGAUAUACUCAAGCAAAAAUUACAGAAACCAUCACAGUCCUCCCAGCAGCUGACACGUUGUCGUUAUUGUCAUGAACUCUAUGCAGAUGAUUGUAAUCGUAGGGGAGCGUGUGAGUUUGCUCCGGAUUGUUUUCGUUCGGGAUUAGAGUGUAUAUCGGGUAUAGGUUGUGCUCGCUGUAUGGUUUAUCAUUUUAUGAGUGAUUCAGAUGGUGAGACACCACAACAUCCGUGUGAGUGUGUUAAUGAGGAUGGGUGUACUAAAAGAUGGAUCGGUUUAACUUUAUUAUCUUUAUUGGUGCCCUGUCUAUGGUGUUAUCCUCCCCUGAGAGUUUGUCAUUUAAUUGGUAUUUCAUGCGGCCUAUGUGGUGGGAAACAUAAACCGCAAGUUUGACAUUGGGAGGCUGGAUUACAAAACAAUAAAAAACAAGUCAAAUCCAAAAAGCAACAACAUCAGCAACAGCAGCAAAAUCAGCUUAACUAUAAUGAUUACUAUGAUAAUUUUUCUUCUUCUUAUAACAACUACAAUAAUAAAUGGCAGCAGCAACAACAACAACAACAAACCUAUAAAAAUCAAUAUGAAUGGGAUCUUAAAUAUUAUAAUAAUAAAACCUAUAAGGAACUUAAACAACCAAUAGCCAAUAGCUAUUCCUCCUACAAAUGUGACUAUUUGGCCGAUGAUGAUGAUCCCUUUAAAACAACAAAAACAACAACGUUUCCUCUAAAAAAGCAACAUAACUUUGGUAAUAUUUAUUAUUAAAAGAAAAAAAUGAAAAAAAAAAA